AUGCCCCCUUGUCCACCAGGCUUGCCCCUCCUUGGAAAUGUGCUCCAAGUACCGAAUAGAUCAUGGCUUCAGUUCGAGCAAUGGAAGACUAUGUAUGGCCCAAUAUUUUCCUUGAACAUGGCCGGUCAAAGCGUGAUCGUUCUUAAUACCCACAAAGUCGCAGAAGAUCUACUUGAUCGUCGAUCGAACAUAUACAGUGACAGACCCCGGUUCAUCAUGGCGUGCGAAAUUCUUACAGGAAAUUGUUUGAUGACAUUUAUCCCUUACGGCGACUUGUGGCGGAGACUUCGGCGCGCAGCCCACGCUGACUUCAAUUUUCGAGUAGUCGAUAAAUUUCAACCCAUACAGGCAAAGGAGGCGGCAUCCCUUGUGUUAGACAUGCUCAACGACCCUGACUCCUGGAUGGAACAUCUGAAGCGGUCAACCGCGUCCUGUGUAUUAUCCUCAGUAUACGGAUGGCAACGUCUCGGGAAGGACGACCCUGUGGUGGCAAAAAUUCACGCACACAUAUCUCGGCUAGGAAGCUCGGUCUUACCCGGCGCCUAUCUUGUCGAACUCUUCCCAUUUAUGAAGAAGUUCCCCAGCUGGAUAGCGAAAUGGAAACGUGAAGGAGAAGGAUGGCACAGGAAGGACACAGAAAUGUUCGAAGGCUUCAUAAAUGGUGUUUCGGAGAAGAUAGUGAGCUCCCCGCUGCUCGUGCCUCGGUACGACAUGUCACUCAUCGAAUUGACAAAGGCCACUGGCAGAGGGGGUUCCUCUUCUUCCACUUUCGUAGAAUCCCUCAUUGAAAAUCAAGCUAAAUACGGUCUGACGAAGAAGCAGACUGCAUGGCUUGCAGGCACUAUGUUCGGUGCUGGCGCUGAGACGACUGCGGCAUCUAUGAUCGUAUUUAUUCUUGCAAUGACCCUCUAUCCAAGUGUCAUGCGGAAAGCACAGGCAGAGAUUGACGCUGUGGUCGGGCGUGAUCGUGUGCCCAAUUUCAGAGACGAGCCGUCGCUACCAUACAUUCGCGCUAUUGUCAAGGAAACACUGCGAUGGAGGCCCGUUGGGCCGCUAGGCGUUCCUCGACGAACAUCAGCAGAAGACUGGUAUGAGGGCUACUACAUACCUAAAGGUGCGAUGAUCCUGCCCAACAUAUGGGCAAUGAACAGGGAUCCGACAAUCUUCCCUGACUUUGAUGAGUUCCGUCCGGAGCGCUUUCUAGACCCCUCCGGAACGAUAGGAGUGACGCCGCCCGAGACACAUAGUAUGGGCCACGUCACCUAUGGCUUCGGGAGACGCAUCUGUGCUGGAUACAACUUCGCAAAUAAGGAGAUGUUCAUCGACAUUGCGAUGUUGCUAUGGGCGCUGAACAUAGAGAAGGCAGUGGAUAUCCAUGGGGAAGAAAUUAUACCGGAUAGAAAUGAUAUCAACGAAGCCGGUGCAGUGGUGUAG